CCUCCCCCACAGCCAAACCCCAUCCCCACGGAUCCGUCCAAUUCAAAAAUCGAAUCCUCCGCAGCUCCGCUUCUCCCCCAACCCGAAGCCCAUUCCCAAACCGCCCGCUCGUCUCCUCCUCGAGAACGCCCCCGGAUCCCCAGUGAGCGGAUCCCCUCCUCCCCGGAGGCCCGGACCCCCAGAUCGCAGCGAUGGAGGCAGAUCCUGUCGCCGUGGGGGCAUCCUCCUCGCCGCUGGCCGCGUCUCCGCCGCAGCAGCUGCCACCGCAAGGUGACGAUGAGCGCGGCGCGGGGGAGUGCGCGGAUCCCGCGAGCCCAGAUCAACGCGCGCCCGGAGGAGACCCGAACAGCGCGCUGCCGCCAUCGCCCGUGUCGGCCGCGCCGCAGCCGUCAACUCAGGAGCCCACAGGUGAGGACACGGCGGCGAGCUGCGAGGUGGAGAAGGAGAAGGAGGAGGAGGAGGAGGAGAAGGAGAAGGAGGUGGUCGCUGGAGUAGGGGAGGCUGUCCGCAUCUUCAUGGAGGAGUUUGGAAAUCAAGAAGACAACACCCUUACCCUGUCACCGCUGCUUAAGGAGAUCACCAGUCGUGAUGGUGCUGCUGCCCUCCGCUUCCUUGGGGAAAAGUAUAACAGCCUCUUGGAGAGGUACAAACAGCAGGUGGCCAAGUGUGCUGAUCAGUGCGGACCUAGAUAUGAUGGCCUGAAGAAGAAGUACGCAGAUGAGUGUGCUGAGAGGAAGCGUCUAUACAAUGAACUUAUUGAGCUGAGGGGGAACAUAAGGGUGUUCUGCAGAUGCAGGCCUCUGAGCUCUGAUGAGAUGACCCGUGGGUGCUCGUCUGUGGUUGAGAUCGACUCAUCACAAGAGAUUGAGCUGCAGUUCAUCCCCUCUGAAAAAGAAAGAAAGUCUUUCAAGUUUGAUCAUGUUUUUGGUCCAGAUGAUGAUCAAGAGACUGUAUUUUCAGAGACCGUACCCGUUGUUAGGUCAGUGAUGGAUGGCUUCAACGUAUGCAUAUUCGCUUACGGACAAACAGGAACUGGGAAAACCUUCACGAUGGAAGGUGUUCCAGAAGAUAGGGGUGUAAAUUAUAGGGCUUUGGAAGAAUUAUUCAGAAUGUCAGAGGAGAGGAGUACGUCUAUUGCAUACACCUUCUCAGUAAGCAUAUUGGAAGUCUAUAAUGAAAAAAUCAGAGAUCUGCUUGAUGAGAGCAAUGAUCAAUCAAAAAGGUUGGAUGUUAAGCAAAGUGCCGAUGGGACACAAGAGGUGCCUGGUUUGAUUGAGGCUCCAGUUUAUAAUAUAGAUGGCGUGUGGGAGAAACUGAAAUUUGGCGCCCGAAACAGAUCUGUUGGAUCAACAAAUGCCAAUGAGCUCAGUAGCCGCUCCCACUGUUUGGUUAGGGUUACUGUCAGGAGCGAGCAUUUGGUGACGGGUCAGAGGAGUAGAAGCCACAUGUGGUUGGUUGACCUUGCUGGAAGUGAGAGAGUAGCUAAAACUGGAGUAGAAGGGGAUAGGCUGAAGGAGUCACAGUUUAUCAACAAAUCACUCUCUGCCUUGGGUGAUGUCAUAUCUGCCCUUGCAUCAAAACAUUCUCAUAUCCCAUACAGGAACUCCAAGCUAACUCAUUUGCUACAAAGCUCAUUAGGUGGAGAUUGCAAGACACUAAUGUUCAUACAGAUAAGUCCAAGCUCUACAGAUUCAGGAGAAACUCUUUGUUCCCUAAAUUUUGCUAGUAGAGUCCGGGCUGUAGAACAUGGCCCUGCUCGUAAGCAAGCGGAUCCAGCUGAAAGUUUGAAGUUCAAACAGAUGUCUGAGAAACUUCGGCAUGAGGAAAAAGAAAAUGCACAUCUGAAUCAAAGCUUGCAGUUGAUGCAACUCAAGUAUGCUUCUCGUGAGAAUGUGUUCAGAACACUAAAUGAAAAGGUGAAGGAUGCCGAACAAGCAUGCAAAAAUUAUCAGCAGCGGAUUAGAGAGCUGGAAAAUGAAUUAGGCAAUGAGAAGAAGGUGGCUGCUAGGGAUUCUGCUAGAUCUUCAAGGCCACCGCUUGUUCCUAUGAGGCAGAGACAACCUCAGGGAAGGAAUAACAACUAUGCACCACCUUCGGGCCUUUCUAGAUCAAGGUUCAGUAAAGCACCAACAAUUCAAAACAAAGAGAACAUUCCUGUGACGAUGAACAAAGCACAUCCUGGGUCUGAUCCUAAUAAGGCUGUUGGCAAAGCAAGGCGUGUAUCCCUGACUCCGAUGAUCCGGCAAAUCCCUAUCCAGCCUAAAAGGCGUUCCUCAAUGGCAAUAUUACCAUCUGUUGGCGAGCAGCUGUCCGUGCUCAAUGAAAAGAGAGCAGCAUCUCGACUUAAUCAUGCCCAUAUGCCUAGAAGAUCAGUCGCAGCAUUUGGAUCAAUUCCAGCAACACCCCUUCCCAGACAUGGGACAGUUGAUGCAACCCCAGAUGGAGCAAAGUUGAGAAGAAUUGAUUUUGGCAGCAGCAGCAAGUUUACAAGCCCUCCAAUGCCAGGCUUGUGGAACAAAAUAGUGACACCACAGCAGAAGCUGGGAACGGCGCCAGGAGGUCCUGGGAACACAAGCAGGUUGUGUUUCAGCAUCCAGAAGAGAGUUGCAAUUUCACCUGCUCGGGUGAAACCCAGUGUGCCCUCUGGUUCUGGUAUGAGCAUCUUCAACCCAGCUCUGCGUGAGCAGAUAGUGGUGGGGAGAACAGGAAAUGCGAUGCGGGUGCUCAAUACCAAGAGAAGACAAUCUGUUAUCUAACUCUGGUGUUCUGGAAGCAAAAGAAACUGUGGAAUGCUAGUGGGUGACAAUAAAGCUCAUGCCUGGGAGUGAGCUUUUGUCGUGUUAGUACUCAAGAUGUUCUUUUCAUUAUCAUUAUAUGGAUUGUGCUUAGCUAUUACUAGUUGAUAAGAAAACCGUGUUAGCGAUUGUAUUAAUUCGUUACCAAAGAAGCCCUAGCCUGAAUUUCCUGAAUUUCGACUCU